AUGGAAUAGUAAUAAAAAAUUGAAGAUUCUCAAGUUUAAGAAGAGAUAGAGAACCAUCCUACUGAUAACUAGCAUUAAGAAAGCCUUAUUUAAGAAAAUAAUAAUUCGAACGCGGCUAUAGAAAUAAAAACAGAUAUCGAAAUAGAAGAACAAUAGAGAUAAAAUAAUUAGCUAGUUGAAGAAUCAGUUUAGAAUGCAGUUUAAAGAUAUGAUGAAUAAAUGUAAAUCGAAGAUGAUCAGAAUUAGGAUCAAUAAAAAUAAGAAGUGACAGAUACAAAAAAUAGUUAAUAUGCGGAAGAAGAUAAUAAUGAGUAGAAAGCUAACGAAAAUAAUGAAGGUGAUAACUCUGUGGAAAAUAAAAAUAAUAAUAAUAAGCAAAAAUCGAAAAGGAAUAGCACCUUUUCAGUUAUAUAAGAGUCUAAUAUAAUUCAAGGUGAGCGUUUAAGAACUAGAAAUCCUUCUACAAGCUAAAGCUUAUAACUUUAAAAGAACUCUUCAAGCUAGUAAAAUACAUCCAAGCCAGGAGGAGGUUCAGAACAAAAGUCUUAAAAGAAAAGCCAAUAAAAUAAUAGUGAAGAUUUAGAUGCUUUGGAGUUACUUGAAAUUAGAAAAAAAUAGAUCUCAAAAGAAGUAACAGGACCUUCAAACUCAGAAAACUAUUUGAGCAAAACUCCAGAUAUUAUAUUGCAAAUCGUUGAUGAUAUCAUUAAAUAUGAUAAAAUAGAUUGUUUAAGAUAGUAGUUCUGUGAUUCAAAAAUAGAAGAAAUACCUAAUUUAGCUAAAUAUGGUGAACGUAAAAAGAAGGAAGAUUUUACUAUCAAGGAUCAAAAUGGUAAUCUCAUAACAAUAUAUUAUCAAGACUAGAUUAAACUAAAGAAGGAAGAAGAGGAAAAGAAACUUUAAGAAUAAAUGUUAGCAAAGCAAGCAGAGUAAGAAAAGAUAAAUAAGCAAUAAUAGAUUUCAAAUUAAACAAAGCAAUUAGAUUAUGAUUUAGAUAAAGAUAAUAAUAUGAAAUUAGAUGAAUUCUCAAAAGAUUAAUUUGCUAAUUUAACUCCAAGCAAAGACAUUUAUUUCAAUAAUGACAGUAAAAGAACUCCUUAGAAAUUAUUAACAGAAGAAAUAGUUUUAGAUGAUCAUCAUGGCAUUUAAAUGUAGGCUUAAACCAAUGUAGGAACAGACUUUGUUAUAGAAGAUAACAAUAAUCAUCAUGACACUGCUUUAAAUAACUUAAUAAAUGAUGAGCUACUAAGAUAGUUAGAUGAAGAAUAUAAUACUAACAAAUAAUAGCAAGCUUCAGUUGAUUUUGCAAAUAUAAAUUAAUUUGAUAGAUAAAUCGAUGUCUAAAAUAUACAAGGAAAUAAUAUCUAAAAUUAACAAAUUUAAGAGAAUGGUUUUCUUGAACAAAAUUAGUGUUUCAGCUAAAAUUUGGGAAAUAUGGAUGGAUAGAAUGAAAUAAAUGGCGAAAAUGAAAAAUAAUUACCAGAAUAAUCAAUGAUUGGCUCAUAUUUAACAGAAUUAAAUGAAGAUACGAAAUAUAAUUUAGAGCAUACUACUGUCACCAGUAUUGACAGGAUUAGGGAUAGAGCUAUUAAUAAUGUUUACUUUUCUUUUGAAGAAGUUGAUUUAGAUUUUAAAAAGCUAUUUAUUUACGCUCUUUACAAAAGGUGUGGAUCUAUUGAAAGUAUUAAUUACAUUUGCAAUAUUAUAGACAAUUACAACUCUGUCAUAUAAAGGAGAGCAGCUAAAUCUAAAACCAUUCUAACGAAGAUUGCAGAUCUUCAAAAAUUAUUUAAAUUAGAUUUGGAUAAUAAAUUUUAGGUAAAAACUUGGCCGUUUAUUCCUACUAACCACAGAACAUAUGAAUGCAUAAAAGAAUAUUAUCCAGAACCUCCUUCUAACAAAGAAAGUAUUUAUGAAACUCUCCGUUCAGAAAAAAAGCCAGUCGAGUGCUCUGAAAGCUGUGCAUGUAUGGAUUUAAAUUCUUUGGGAAAUUUUUCUUUGGAAUAAGGAACUUGGAAUUCAGAAUGUCCUAAUAGAAGAGAUAGAAUAGAGUGCACUCAUCAUGAUUGUAAAAAUAGUUAAGGAUUUCAUGGAAGAUAAAAGGUAUUAGGAGUAGAUGUAAAAGAAACAUUAUGCUGGGGUAUUGAUUAAUACACUAAAAAAAACAUUUAUUACAUUCUUCCAGAAAAUGAAAAAGAGGAAAUCAAAUUUAGAUUUAUUUAAUGUUCUUUGAUGAAGGCCGCUAACCUUUUAGAAAACGAUGGAUGGGAAAUGAAAAAAGUUUGUGAUUUUAUAAUUAGGAAUAGUGAAUCAAAAAAAAGCAGAAUCAAUCAUGAUGAAUCUAAACCUAAAAUAAAAUACAUCUUCUCAAACUCAGAUAGGAAGUUUGCUAAGAUUUUAAAUAAAGCAAUAGAAUUAAAGAUAGACCAAGAAGCUUUCAGAAUACAUCCAAAAGGCAUGGGUGUAAUUUGCAUAAACCGAAAUGGAAUUGAUUAAAAUGAUCUUAUUAUAGAAUAUAUUGGUGAGAUUUAUAGACCAUAUAGGUGGUUUGAAAGAUAAGAUUUCAUUAAAAAAUAUAUGAAAGACAAUAACUAAUAGGAUGUUUUACCAGAUUUUUACAAUAUUAUGCUUGAAUUACAUAAAGAUGAAGUUAAGGGCAUCGACAUUUUAUAUGUAGAUCCUAUGCAAAAAGGUAAUUAUUCUUCAAGACUUAGUCAUUCUUGUGACCCUAAUUGUGGAACAGUAGCAACCAUAUCAAAAGGAUAUUAUAAUAUCUCUAUGUUUGCUUUAAAAUCUAUUGAGUAUGGUGAAGAAUUAGCUUUUGAUUAUUCUGCUGUGACUGAAAGCAAGAACGAACACAAAUAGUCAACUUGUCUUUGUGGAACAUAAAAAUGUAGAGGGAAAUAUAUUGAAUUAAAUAAUAAUAAUUAAAAAGAAUACAAUUAUAUUCUUGAUAAAAUACACUGUUUUUUAAAAAGAAACUCAGAUUUGUUAAGAAGUGGUAGUGAACCUUUAACAGAAGAUGACAUGAACUUACUAGAAAAAUAUAAUUUGAAGUAAAAUGUAUAGAAAGGAUGUGAAAAAUGGCUUUUGAAAUGGAUUUCCAUAAUUUUAAAAUCAGUUGGUGAAGAAUAAGAGCUAUUUUUCAGUGAUCAACUUAUAUCAAAUAGGUUUAUUUAAUAAAAUGACAAAGAUAUUUCUCUAAUUUAAAAAGCUAUAGAAAUAAAAGAAAAAGGAGGGUUUGAAGUAAUAGAGGCUGAAGAAAAUCUUUUAAAAUAAUAGGAAUUAUAACAAGAUUAGAAUUAAAUAUAAGAAUAAAAUUCAAUUUAAAAAUAUGAUCCCUCCAAUGAUAAAUUAAAUUAAGAUUUAUAAAAGUAACAAUCAGAAAGUAUUAUUAAGGAAGAAGGAGACUUGAGUAAUGUGUAAGAAGAGAAAAUAGAAGAAGAAAAAAGUUAAUUAAAUGAUUAAAUUGAACAAAAAAUUGAAGAAGAAAUCUAAAAUAAUGAUGAUCAGAUAGAUAAGACAAAAGAAUAAGUCAAAUUACAAAUAGAUAAUGAAUUUGCUCAAAAUAAAGAUUCAAAUAUUUUGUAAAAAGAAUCCUCGAAAAUGGAACCUGAAGAAGGUGAAGAAAAUAAUGAUGAUGAAGAAGCAAGCUUAGAACUAAAAGACUCUGAAAGAAAACUAGAUCAACCUAACAAAGAAGAAGGAGAAGAUGUUAACGAAAACUCAGAAAAUAAAACAGAAAAUAACAAAGAAGAGGAAGGCUCAAAUAAUAAAAUAAGUAGUGAAACAAGGAUAAAGUCUCAGAGCGUUACUUCAAACAAGAAAAAAUCCAACAACAAAAAAUAAAAACCAAAAAAACAAGUAAAAGUAAGAUACACCCAAGAAGAAAUUGAGAAAUUAGAAGAGAAGCAAAAGAUAAAAGACCUUGUAGAGAAGAAUACUAUAGAAUAGUUAAAUGAGAAGCUAGUUCAAAAACAAAAUGAAAAAUAAAAGAAUAUUGCUUAUCUUUAGUAUUUAAGUAACGUUAAAGUAGAAAAUAGAAUUUAAAAUAUCAUUAUAUCUCUAGACAAAGUCAAAUUUUAUUUAAACAAUGUUAAAGAUAUAAGACCUCCUCUUUCUUACCUUUCCCAAAAAGAAAUUUUCGAGAAUUUAUGGGGAAGAGUAAAUAAAUUCUAGAAAAGAAGAAAACCUGAAAACUAAGUUUAUUCUAUUGUUGAAGAGCUUAUGGACUUAAUUAAAUAUUAUUCUCACUACAAAGAAUGUCAAUACACUUAAAAAUUUAUUGAAUUAUUUGAUCCAUUCAUGACAAAGUAUGUUGAAGAAUCAUAUGAAAAAGCUCUACUAGCAUGGCGUUUAUUCUGCUUAAAUAUCCACAGUGUCUUUAACGAUAUAAUAGAUCCUUAAUUCCAUGCAGGGGCACUUCUUAUAGUUUUAUACUUUUACGCAUUUACUCACACAUACUUCACUCCUCACGAAUAUUAGCCUUUUAAUAGUGAAAAGAUGACUAUUUCUGAAACAGAAAUGUUUAACUUAGAACUUCUUGAUGAAGACAAAAAAAAUACAAAAAAGCCAAAUAAAAAGAAAAAUUACGAAGAAUAAAGAUCAUAUUCCUCUUAAUUUAUAUGGGGAUAACUUACAGUUUGGUUCAAAUAAACUGUUGCAAGUCCUUAGGCAACUCUAUCUUAAGAUCGUAGAGGAACUCUCUCUUACCCUUAAUUAAAUUAGUCAUUUAAAACUAAUAUCCUCACUUAUCCAUUCUAAGAAAAAAAUGAUAAAACAGGAAGACAAACAUUUUUAAAUCAUAUGAAAGAAAAACCCAAAGAUAUGUGGCCUCCUGAGUAAGCUAAGUGGUCCUUUAAGAAUGCCCUAAAGAAUUAUGGUACACUGCUGUUUGAAGGUGUUCAUAGCUAAAAAUUAUUUGAAAAUCUUAUUGAAAAAGUUAUUGAAUUAAUUGAUGGAAGUUUUGAAGAAAAAUUAAAACUAUUUAUAUAAGUAGAAAAUAAGUUAUCUUAACAAACCGAGUAAGAUAUCUAGGAAAUUCAAACAGAAUGUUUUGAUGUCAUUAAGUAAUAAUUGACUGUUAUGAAUUUUUAGACUGUUGAGAAAACAUUAGAAUAACUAAAAUAGGAUCAGUUACUCAUUUAAUAAUAAAGUAAUUUAGUAGAUCCUGAUAGUAAAAUGUAAUUAAGAACUGUGAGAAAGAAGCAAAAAGAUUAGGAAGACGAUGACUUUUUCUAUGGCGAUAUCUUAAAGAAAAAGCCUUAGUAGCCUGUAAAUUAACAGAACUCAACUAAGCAGAAAGAUGUUUCUACUAAUUCAAAUUCUAAUAAAUAAUAAGAAGAAAUUAAAGAAACUUAAAUAUCCCACACUACUAGUGAGUUGAAAAAGAGAAAAUUUAAUGAAUAUAUACUGAAUGAUGAAGACGAAUGCUACAUAGAAGAAGAUGAGUCAAUAGAAGAUAUUAUUAAAGAGUCAAGUAACUUAAGUAAAUAUUUGGUAAUAGAAGUUAAAAAAUCGCUCAUCACAAAUUAGCUUCCUAAGAUUGCAAUUAAAAUGAAAAAAGAGUACCCUGAUUUGUUGGCACCUCCAACUAAGAAAGACCAUAGAGUCACUAAUAAAAUUUCAGAAAAAGAUAGCAAGAAAAAUCAAUCAACAUAUUAGCAUUAAAAUUCAGAUAAGAAAUAAAAAAAUAACUUGCCCCAGUAAUAGAAUAAAUCAUAGCAUCCUCCUUCAUCAAUUAAAAUUUAGCAUACUUAACAAGAAACAAAGACAACUCAAUAAAAAUAAAAUAAAUCUACUCAAUAAAAAUUCUAACACUAAUCUUUGUUGAGCUUUUCAAGCUCUAAAGAGAAAUAGGCAAGCAAGUAAGAGGUAUCGCCUAACAAAACUACAACUUAAAAACCUAAAUAAAAGUUAAUUCCCACACAAAAUAACUCUGAUAAAUCGAAACAGAAAGGAGAACACUAAAUUCAUCAAGAGUAGACCAAGCAUUCACAAUAAGGCAAAACUUAAUCCAAUUCAUAAAAAGACAAUUAGUAAAUAAGUCAUUCUCAUCCCAAAUAAAAAUAAGACGAAAUUGAAAAUGUAAGCGAAAAGACAGAAAAAGAAAAAGAAACUUCAAAAAUCCAGCCUAAAAAGAAAACCCCAAGUAAAUCAAACUCAUCUGGUCAAGGAGAAAAAGGUUAAGCAGCUAAUUAAUAAAUUGAUGAAAUAGAGGCUUUGAGUGCAUACAGAUAUCACAAUGAGGACUCAAGAAAGAGUGUUUUAUCAUAAGCAUCAUAGAAUAGCUAAGAUUCUAAUUAAAGAAGAUCCCAUAGAGCUAAAACAUAGUUUGAUUAUAAUCUUCUUUUCAGUAAAAAAGCUAAGCCUUAACAACCUCAAAACAAUCAAUAGUAAGGUCAUCACACAUAAGAAUCACAUGUUACCAAUUCAGAAGAAUAAUAGAAACAUAUAAAAAAUUAAAAUAAUGGAAAUAGCCAAAAUGAAGAAUAAUAAAACCAUUUAUCAUAGUAAAUAGAGCAAGAGUGA